AUGACAAAUUACACCUUGUACGAACAGGGAAAGCUACUACUUAACGAAAAGUACAAGUACGUGUCGCCGAUACAAGAGGGUUCUUUUGGAAAAGUGACCCUAGCCAUUGAUGUGGAAACCAACACCAAGUACGCAAUGAAGGCGAUGUACAAAUCGAAUCCUGGCAUUUGCAACGUUGCACGUCAUGAGAUCAAGAUGCUCUCCAAGUUGGGAAACGGCAAUGCCAACAUCUGUCAGCUUGUGGAAUGGUUUGAAACGGACGAUUUUGUGAUUUUGAUGCUUGAAUAUUGUGCCAACGGCGAUUUGUAUGAUUUGAUCCAUUCGACCACCCAAGUGUCUGCCGUGGAUAUUUGGCACAUUGCCAGAGAAAUGCAGAGUGGUCUUGAGUACGCCCACAGCCUUGGCAUCUACCAUCGUGAUAUAAAGCCGGAAAAUGUCUUGUUUACGGAGUAUGGCCAGGUUAAACUCUGCGACUGGGGCUUAUCUACUACCAGAAGAUACAGCCGUGAUUUCAAAGUUGGAAGUGAAAAGUAUAUGGCACCGGAAUGCUUUGGUUCCAGACCAGACGUCAGCGAAUACGACUGUAAAUAUUCUGACUACUGGUCGUUUGGAGUAACUCUUCUCACAGCCAUCUUUGGUACUUCGCCCUUUAAGCCCAUGGGCGAGGCGAACACAGUGGAAGCCGAUUCCAACUAUAAGCAUUUUGUCAAUCACCAGAGAACAGAUGUAUUGUUUGACAUUUAUCCUACGAUGAACCAGCACUGUUUUGAGGUGGUGAUGACCGCAUUGAAGGUUGGAGGAGUCGAUGACGAUUUAUCAAGCUACAAGAGUAAGAUCGAGUCCAGGUCAUUGCAGAAGCUCAUCAGCACACUCCAGAACAACUGGAAAUUUGGUUUAACGAUUGACGAAGAAGACGAAUUAGAAGAUUUGAACCAUGAUGAUCAUGCUGUGUUUGACAUGGAUGAUAUUGACAUCGAGCAACAAACCUUACCUCUGCCACAAGAAAGCGAAAACCUCGACGUGGAGCGUCGUGCACGGAAACAAGAUGAACCUAAUAAGCAUCUGCCUUUUCCCUCGUUGGUGGAGUCGUAUCCACUGUCGAAAUCAUGGUGCGAUUUUGAUGAAGAUGAUUUUGAGAAGAUUUUUGACAACUUGUCGGUUGCAAAACGCGACAAAAAGUUGCGGUUGAACACGAUUGACGAGGGAAUCACCACCAAGCAUGGUCAAAUCCACAUUGUGGAGAACGAGAUUUACACUAGUGUGUAA